ACAGACAGGGGACCUUCCAAAGAAAGACGAACCUUCACAGAUGAUGAUGAUGGACAAAAAUGAACCUCCACAAACAGACGAACCUCCACAAACAGAGGAUUCUCCAAAAACAGAUGAAUAUCUACUAAGACCAGAAUAGCCGCAGAUCUGGAGAGAAAAGCAUCAGACAGAAGUGCUGAGAAGAGAAAAAAUUCACCUGAAAACACAGAGAUGUGUGAAACAGAAAACAGCCCUCAUGAGCAGUUGACUAAAGGUUUUGAAUCAAAGGUUCCCAUAAAGAGGGGGAAUAUAGACACUGGAACAGCAGGAGUCCAUCCAGAUCAACACCGACAGCAGGACAAGACUAAAAGUGAAAAAAUAGACCCUCUAUUUUGCAGACUUAAUCUUAAAAGGAACAACAAACUGAGAGCUGCAGAUGUUCUUCAGAUAACUGAUGAUUCAUUACAAUCCCAUGAGUCUUGUGCUGAAGAGGAACUGAUUCAAACUUUCAUAAGAAAACUACUGAUGAUGAACUACAGAGCAAGAUACAUUAAUGUUAAUAAGGCCAGUGAACAGGAUCAAACACAACAAAAUGACAAUGACUCAUCUGAGGAUGAGGGAAAUAUUUUUGAAUAUAUAUCUGGCAACACCCCUUUGUCAAAAACAAGCCAAUCUGAGCAAAUCCACCCAAUGGAUGUUCAGAUGGCCGUGUUUCAUUGUGCUGAUGGUUUCCUGAAGCAGCUGAUGGUGACUAAACUGUCCCAGUGUCAGUACGCUCUCCCUCUGCUUGUUCCUGAUCCAUUCACACGACAGAUUGAGUUUCCUCUCUGGACAUUCAGACAAAUUAACAAGAGCUGGAAAAUGAAAAUCAAGGAUGAUAAAAUCAUCAGUCAAACCCAGCCGAUCUGCAAGGCAGAAACUCCAGUGGUGUUUUUCUUCAGGUUUGGCUCUGUGUCAUCAUCCAAGUCUCAGCUGAUGAACAGUCUGAUCAAUGAGAAACACAACACGUUCUUCCACAGGAACUGCCCAGGCAGCAGCAAAACCAGAGUCCUGAUGGAUGGAGUGGUGGAGAUCGCCUGGUUCUGCCCCUCUGGGAAAGACAAAGAUAAAUUCACUGACUGUGUAGCUUUCGGUAAUCUACACGGUGAUGCAGGAGACCAUGAGAAACAGCUGCAGAUCCUCACUGAAAUGGCCUCAGUCAAUGUUGUUAUUCUACCACAACUGGAUAAGCAUGACAGAUGUGCAGCACAUAUCCAGAACCUGUUUAAAAAAAAAUGGCCACUCAUUUGUCUUUUAACGGAGGAUGAAUCUGCUGGAAUGAAAAUGAAGAAAGGGAAAUUCAAAAUUGGUCUGAAGGACAGAAAUCAGUCAGAUGUAUCUGAAGAACUCAGAAGAGCUAUAAAUGAAUGCCUCUCAGACUCAUCUUACACUUUAAGACUUGAAAAUGUGUUCACAAACUCAAAGUUUAAAAAUUCAGACAUCAGAGUAGAUGAGGAAGAUGAUGAUGACUGCAGGAGAGGAAAAGAAGCAGCACAGCAGAUGAUGAGUUUACUGGGGAAGAAACAUCUGACAGAAAUCAAAGAAUCAUUUCUGCCUCACCAGGGGAAACUGUGGCAUAAGUGGAGUCAGAUGAACAAAGAACUAUAUCGACUUAAAACAGAUAAGAUAGAAAAGGAAAAAGGUAUGAAAAAAACAGAAAUGAAUAAAAUACGGAAACAGCAACAUAAUUCCGAAAUCAGUGGAUUUAUGAAUUUCUUUAUUAAAGAAAUGCACUCAAAUAAUGAACAUGAGAAGACUUUUUUCCUUAAAUGGCUCAGAAUCCUCCUGGAUGAAUAUACUUCAGUUGACCUUACUGCUCUUCAUCACAACUAUAAUGAAAAGUGGUCCACUGUUGUAAAUCUUAAAAAAGAGAAUCACAAUAAAUCUGAGCAGCUCAAAACUGAGCAAAAUGAACUUGAGAGAAUAUCUGAGGAACUUCAAGCUGCAUCCUUUGGUGUGGAGCACAUCAUGAGGGAGAUCGGUCAGAUCUAUGAAUCCUGUUCAUCUGUGAAGAAGAACAAGAAAGACAUGCAGAUUGACUUCUCUUCUCUCCCGAGUAUUGCAGCAAAGAUGAUGAUCUCUGGAUUUCCACUGGAGCUGAUGGAUGGAGAUGUUGCUCAUGUUCCUCUGGUCUGGAUCUCUGCUGUUCUAGAUCAACUCAUCCAGAAACUGGGAGACCAGAGAGUCUUUGUGCUGUCAAUUUUAGGGAUUCAAAGCUCUGGGAAAUCCACCAUGCUGAAUGCCAUGUUUGGACUCCAGUUUGCCGUCAGUGCCGGCAGGUGCACCAGAGGAGCUUUCAUGCAGCUGGUCAAAGUGUCAGACGAGAUGAAAACACAGAUGAACAUUGACUAUAUUCUGGUUGUUGAUACUGAAGGUCUUCGUGCUCUAGAACUGGCCGGAAGAUCAACAAGGCAUCAUGACAAUGAAUUGGCCACAUUUGUUGUUGGUCUUGGAAAUAUGACAUUGAUCAACAUCUUUGGAGAAAACCCAUCUGAGAUGCAGGAGACUCUUCAGAUUGUUGUUCAGGCCUUCAUGAGGAUGAACGAGGUCAGACUGAAUCCCAGCUGUGUGUUUGUGCAUCAGAACGUUUCAGACGUCACAGCUGGAGAGAAAAACAUGGAGGGAAAGAGACGACUUCAGGAGAAACUGGAUGAGAUGACAAAACUCGCUGCUAAAGAUGAAGUCUACGAUGCAGAAUGUUUCAGUGAUGUUAUUAAAUUUGAUGUUCAGAAUAAUGUGAAGUAUUUUGCCCAGCUUUGGGAGGGCAGCCCACCAAUGGCACCACCAAACCCAAACUACUGUGAGAACAUUCAGGAACUAAAGGAAGCUAUUGUGUCAAAUGUCUCGAAAUCACAUGGAAUGAUGCUGAAAGACUUAAUAGAUCGUAUUAAAGAUCUCUGGGAGGCCUUACUGAAUGAACGAUUCGUCUUCAGCUUCAGAAAUUCUCUGGAGAUUUCAGCCUACAGACGACUGGAGACUGAAUACAGCAAAUGGUCCUGGAGUCUUCGUAGUGCCAUGAGGGAAACUGAGAACAAAUUACACAACCAAAUAGAAAAUGAAGCAAUUCAUGAGGUUGACAGAACUGAUCUUCAAGGAGAACUGGAGAAGACAAGUAAAGAAGUGAAAAAAUCUAUGUCAGAAUUCUUUGAGAAAGACAAAGAUAAAGAUAUACUGAUUCAGUGGAAAAUAUCAUUUGAAAUCAAAAUCGAAAAUGUAGAAGAAAAUAUUGUGACAGAAACAAAGAGGAAAUUAAAUGAGAUUCUUCAGCAGCGACACCUGAAGAAAAAGAUUGAUGCUCAGAGGACACAACAUGAAAACACUCUCUAUGAAAAGAGUAAAAAACUUGCCUUAAAACUCAGAGAUGAAGAUAAGACUAAUGAUGAAGAAACACUGAAGAAAGAGUUUAAUUUGUUUUGGGAAGAAAGUGUGAAGAAGAUCAUCACAGACACUCCUUCAAUCAAAGACACUGACAUAAUGAGAGACAUGGAGGACAUCCUCAGUAACAGCUAUGAAAGUGUUCCUGUAGGCCACUUGAGGAAAAACAGUGAGUACAACAAUGUGGUUACUGUACAGAGUUAUUCAUAUUAUGUACAAUUUAAAAAACCCAGUGGAAAGAUGGAACAAGUUGGAGACACCCUCAAAGGGUGGUUUGGUAUUGGUCCUCUGUCUAAAGACGAUGAACUUCAAAUAAGAUCAUUAGUCACAGAUGUCGCUCAGCAAACAGACAAAAUUAUUCAGUCAUUUAACAUUUCAAAGAUGGGCUACAACAAUAGCUGCAUUCAACAACUCAUAGACUACAUCAAGGCAAGAAUUAUACAACAUGAAGGAGGACCAGUGAAAUAUGUAUUUAAGAAUGAAUUCUUCAUGGAUUUGGUUCUGUGGAUCUGUAAGAGAGCAAACAAGAUGAUCACUGACCAACACAGACUGUUCAGAGAUGCCAAUGAUCCUACAACAUAUGUUGAGAAGAAGAAAGAUGAGUACUAUAGUAUUUUCAGGAAAUACUGUCAUGGAACAACAUCAACUGCUAUUUUUGCUGAGAUCAUCUGUCAGAAACUUAAAGAGCCCAUUGAGCAGAGUGUCUACAAGAAGACUGCCAGAAAUUUAGCAGAUGAAAUGAGCUCAAACUGUGAAUCAUUUAAUGGAAACAGAUCAAAUUUGGAGAAACACAUCCUGAAGAGACUAGCUGAAGAGGAGAAUUUUGACAAAUACAUGGACUACAUUAAAACUCCCAGAGAUCAUUUCAAGAGUUUUAUCAGAGAUGAAGUCAGUCGGUACAUCACUGAUAAGUUCAGUGUCAGUGUUUUACCCAAGAUAAAGAAGAACACUGAACUCCUGAUGACAACGAUCAUGGACUCAGCAUAUAAAUCUGCUGUUCAAGUGAACAGAGGAGAUGUUGGUUUGUGGUUGGAGAGUUUCACACAGCAGCUGAAAGAUGUGUUGAUCUUCUCUGAAAAAGACCUCAGUGGAGUGAAAUGUGAUGAUGUUAAUGAUUUCAAACUCCUAGAAGGUGUGAUAAGAAAGAAACUUCCUGACAUAAUGUCUGAGAUCAGCAGCAGGCUCAAAACAAAGACGUUUGAAGAAAAACUGGACUAUAAGUUCAGGCCAGAUGAGCUUCUGAUUGAUCACUUGUGUCAGUGCUGUUGGGUUCAGUGUCCAUUCUGUGCAGCCAUCUGCACCAACACCAUAGAAAACCAUCCUGGAGAUCACAGUGUUCCUUUCCACAGAGUUGAUGGAAUCAAUGGAUGGUAUUAUCAUAAAACAGAUGAUCUCAGUGCUGUUUUUUGCACAUCUUUAGUGACAAGUAGUGAAACAUUUUGUGUUUCAAAUACAUGGUUUAAAUGCAAUGAAUACAGAAAAGCAGGAGGAGUUUAUGCAGAGUGGAGCAUCACUUCUGACUGCUCUGAGCUGUCCUACUGGAAGUGGUUUGUGUGUACAUUCCAGGAAAAGCUGGAAAAACAUUAUAAUAAAACAUUCAUGGGUCAUGGUGAGAUUCCACCUGAAUGGAGAACACACGAAAAACAAGAUGCUAUUCAGAGUUUAGAAAAAUUGAGUGUUACACCUAAAACACAUGAAUAAGAUUACAUUAUAAGACUCCAAAGCUAUUUAUUUUCCAGGGUUUUUUUUAUUAUUAUUUUUAUUAUUUAAAAUCAUUCAUUUAUCCAAAAUAUAAAUGACAUAUUUAGGAUAAAUUAAUGAUUUGAUAUAAUGAAUCAUAUGUUUGUGUUUGUAUUAAGAUAUUUAUAUGUAUGUUUGUAUCUUCAGAGUACAGACUUGAAUUAUUGAAAGAUAAAUUUAACAUAAUACAAAGAGUUUGACCUUUUCCUGUCACUUAGGCACAGUGCUUUCUUCAUGCAUUUCAGAAGACUUCUUGCAUUCUGCAGAGAUCCAACUCCUUUCCAAUCCCACAUUCUUUCUUUUAGACAGAUACAGUAAUUAGCUAAACUUAUUGUAACUUAUUAAAAUUUUAUGUUCUUAUUUUAUUUUUGAUUCAUUUAUUUUUAUUUUAAUUGCUAUAAUUUAACUUUUUCAUAAUUAAAAUUGGUUGGACAAAACUCUAAUGAUUGGAUUUGGGUACCAGUCAAAACAUAUUUUCUGAAGGGGUCUAGUAAAGAGAUUGAAUCCAGUUGAAUGCAAAAAAGGUUCAAGUCUUAAUGGCUCAUGUCUCCCAGCUAUGGAAGUGAAAUAAUGACAAAUGUAUUUGAAACAAAAAAAGCAUUUUGUAAUGCCCUAAUUGAAAAAAGUCCAUUGUCUAUAGUCUAUUGAACUGCGUGAAGCAUUUUCUUUAUUUCUGAAACAUUUAGCAUUGAAACCUUGCGCAUUGUGUUUUUCUGGCCUCAUUUGCUUACCUGUAUAUUGUUUGCAUCAUUAAUAAGAAAUAGUGAGUUGUUUGUUCUGUAAAUCAGCAUCGGAGAGAAUACCAUUAUAAUAUCCUUCGCAGUAGAAGCUGCAUACAUGUAGACUAGCUACAUGGGAAAGAAGUAACCGUAAAGACAUUGAAUUAAAAGUCCCUUAAAAUCAUGACAUAUGACCAAUUGUUUCUUUUCUGCAAAUCAGUAUUUGUGAAUGAAUGGCUUGCUUUACCUGUUGCAUUAGUCUUCAUCACCAUCAUUGUAGGGUGAGCGACUAAAAGAGCUGAUGGAGAUUAUGCAUCUGUAUUCUACUGCUGUAGUAUAUUAUAGGCCAGGGAUAGGCAACGUCGGUCCUGGAGUGCCGAUGUCCUGCAGAGUUUAGUUCCAACCCUGAAAAAAACCUCACCUGCCUGUAACCUUAUUAAUCCUGAAGACCUUGGUUAGCUUGUUUAGGUGUGUUUGAUUAAAGUUGGAACUAAACUCUGCAGGUCAUCGGCACUGCAGGAUUGACGUUGCCUUCCCCUGCUACAGGCUGUAGUUUUAAAAAGACUGAACAUUUCUGAAGUCUACAAGGUGAAUAUGGAUUAUUGAAUUUUUGAUAAUAAAAAUGUGUGAAAUUAUCUGAAUUCACAGCUUUAACUAUGUUGAAUUCUAUGGUGAACUAUGUUUAACUUUGUUGUAAUAAGUGAAGCUUGUAAUGUUUUUGUUGUUUAAUCCUCCUCCGAGAGAUCAUGAGAGAAUAAA